UUUGUUAAUUCUAUUAAAACAUGGAACUUGAUAAUACCAAAAUCACAUAUUGUUCCUCUGAUUCAUCUGAUUUGGAUGUUGAGAUAAUAGAUGAAAUUGAUAAUGAUGAAUUAGAAUUUACAGACAAAUUGGAAGAUAACAAUAGUAUUAAUGAAGAAAAAAAACAGACAUUGCCUGUCAAUACAAUGUUAUCUUCAGACAAAUUAUCUACUAAUAGUGAUGAUACUGAUGAGGAUGAUGAUGAUAGUGAUGAUGUUGAUAGUGAUGAUGAUAGUGAUGAUGAUAGUGAUGAUGAUAGUGAUGAUGAUAGUGAUGAUGAUGAUGAUAGCGAUUUUGAUUUUGCUUUUGAUUAUGAUUUUGAUGAUGAUGAUGAUGAUGACGAUGAUGAUGAUGAUGAUGAUGAUGACGAUGAUGAUGAUGAUGAUGAUGAACCAUGGGCAGUUGAAGAAGACAGUAGUGACAAUUCUGAUUUCCCCCUGAUGUCAUUAAAUACUGUACAUAAGAAAAACAAUGAAAAUAAUCCAAAUACAUUAGAAACUGAAAGAAAAAUGUUAACAGCUAAUAGAAAAUUAAAUAACUCUAUUCCUAGCUCUGUUGAUUUCAAAAUAUCUUGUAUUGACAAAGCAAUAGACAAAGAUAGUGAAACGGAAACAGAACCAUACUUACCAACUGCAAAAAAAAUUAAACCCCUUCCAGUCAGUAAUGAAGAAACUGACAUAAACUUAGAAUUAAACAUGAAUAAUUCUGAUAAAGAUACAAAAUCUUUAAACUAUAUGCAGGGUUGUACUGUAUCCUCAUCAGAUGUUUCUAAUUUAACUGAAACAACAAUCUUUUCAGACCCGUCUUGCUCAAAGGAUUUACCGGAUUCAUCUAAUUUAUCUAAUUCUACUCAUCCUCCUGGUUUAUUUAGUUUAAAUUUAACUGACAUUAAAUCAGUUAUGGAAAGAGAACAUGAAUCUAAACUUUUAUUCAAUUUUUAUAAUAAAUCAUUUUUGAAUGGUGGACCAUUAAAUGAUACACUCAAAGAAAAUAUUGAAAUCGAUCAAGAAGAUAUUAGAAUAUUGGAAGAAUGUGAUCUUGUUAAAAAUGAAUUUAAAAACACAAUAUUAGAAAAUAGUAGUGAAGAAUCACAAACAAUACAAUCUGAAGGUUUUGUGGAUGGACCAAAUAUUAUUAACUCUGAUAUAAUGUAUAAUAUUGAUCUUAAUGAACAUCUAACACAAAUGGAUAUAUUGGUUCACAAAAUUGAAAAAACACCCAAUGACCCAACUCUAUUAGAGGAAUGCAUGCAAUUAUUGCCCAUACCUCAAAUUGAACAUGAGCCAAAAACUUAUACUAUAGAAGAGCGUACAAAAUUUUUAAAUGGUAUUGCUGAAUGGGAGUAUGAAAUAGAUAAAGAAAACUGGAAUAAAAUAAUGGUUAAAUGUGCAGCAGUAAUAACAGCUCAUGCUGGAUUUACUAUAGCAAAUGAAGAAAGUUUGUAUGUUUUGGCAGAUGUAGCUAUAGAUUACAUAAAAAAGUUGGCUCUUAUUAUGAAAAAUAAUUUUGAUAUUCAAUCAAGAAGCUCUUAUCCAGAAAAAAUUGAUCCUAUUAAUAAUAGUCUAUUAGAGGUAAGUUCAUUAUUUAUAAAUGUUUUAUCAAAAAAUGUAUUAUAUAUUACCUAUAAUUUCAAUAAUAAAUGUUUAUUAUCUUAGACUCUUAUACAAUUAAUUUAAAAUUAAUUUAACUGUGCACCUGAAUAGUAAUUUCAUAUAUUUUAUUUUUUAUCAUUUAAAUAUGUUUAAAAUAUUUUUAGAGCUAAACAUUAAAUACUUUUUAACUAAAUAAUUUACUAUUAUAAAUAUAAAUAGUUUAAAAUUGUAUAUUGACGAUUUCUUUUUUUUUUAACAAAAAGAAAAUAUACAUGUAAAAUGCUUAUUAUUAUUUUUUUUACAAAUAGUAAAUAGUAAAUAUAAUAUUAUUAAUUAAUAUUAAUAAUAAUUUAUACCUAGGAAUCUGUAAUCAGAUUUAAUUUAAUAGUUGUGCAUUUUUUGUUAGAAAAUUAAUUUACAUUUUUGAAAAUGUUUCAGAUUGGUGUAGAAGGAGGCAUUAAAGAACUUCUUAAAAAUGUUGAAAAUGAUGUGUUUGGAAAACAAAAUAGACUGAAAAAAAAAUGUAAACAUUAUCAAAAGAUUAUUGAUCAGUAUAUUGAAAGUAUGUUAAAGAACCCUGAAAUUAAAAAUCAAUUUAUUGCCAAACAGAAUACUAGAGAUGAUAACUUGAAUAGUCAACAGUUUAAGAAAAAGGAUGAAAACUUGGUUCUUAAAGAACAAAUUGUUGAAACGGAAAACUCCAUAGAAGAAGUUGCUACUGAUAUUCAACAUGCACUAGAAUUCAAUAUUAAUAAACUAUUGGUAACAGAAGACAAUGAUAUCACAAAUACUGUCCCAGAGCAAACAGAAUGUAUUGAAAAUUCAAGCAUAGAAAUCAAAAAUAUUGAAACCGAAAAGAAAAUUAUUGCACAACCAGACAAGAAAAUAUUAAAAAUCAAUCUUUUAAAACCAAUUGUUACUGAGCCAAUAGGUUAUAAACCAGAAUCUAUUUUGUAUAAAACUCAAGAAAGUUUGUUUGAUUUAGACCGUGAAAAAAGGCCAAAUUUAUUCAGUAAUAAAAGUAUAUUUAAUAUAGAAGGCUUUGGCGAACAGGAUUUAAUGGAACUACCAAAGGAAAAUAAUUUGUUUGGUAUAAAAAAUAAAAAAUCAACUGAGUUGAUAACUCUGGAAAACUUAAUGGAUGGUUUAUGUAAAUCAGAAUCAGAAGUACCAAGUAAAUGUACUUUAGAACUUCAAAAAGACCUUGACGAAUUUGAUUUAGAGUUUGAACAAUAUAAGGCUUCUCAAAUUCAAAUUGAUUCUACUAAUCUCUCCACUUUAGCUGAUACAUGUUGUAAAGUAUACAGGCAUGUCCCAGUUCCUCCAAAAAAAAAUAUUGUUAAUGAUGGAGCUAGUACUUCAAAAGAAGAUAACACUCAUCAUGAUUCAUUUUUAAAUAAGACUAAUAAUGAUGAUUUAAAAAAACAGCAUGAUUCAUUUGUUGAUGGUUUGUUAAAUAAAUUAGAAUAGUCUGGAUAAUAUUGAAUAAUAAUGGAACAUUAAAAUUUGUUUUAAUGUACAGUUACUUUUUAAAAUUUAAUUUUGUAAUGGUUUAUGAAAUUAUUAGUGUUAAAAUAAAUUAAUCUACAUAACUAAGGCCCUCCCCUUGCCAUCAUAUUUUUUAGGUCAAAAAUAUGUCUUAUUGCUUGGUCUGAUUUUGAUAAUUGAUUACUCUUGUUUGUUGGAAAAGGAAAGACUUUUUAUAGUCAGUAUUAAACUCAGUUUUUUAAAUAUUUUAAUCUCAAACUUUAUGACAUUUCAAGUCAAUUUAGAAUUUUUUUUAAAGAACUUUUUAUUAAUUAAAGAUCCCUUAAUAUUGUAUUGCAUAUUUUAUUAUAUACAAUUUUAGUAUAAUUUUUAAUUAAAUUUCUAUAAUAAUUUAUCUUAUACACAAAAUUAGUAGUUGGUUAAUUAUUGUUGAGUAAUUUAAUUAGGUCCUUCCCCUCCCCCUUGUAUUAAUAAUUAAUGGUUUUUAAGGACUGAAUAUUUUUUAAUCUAAUAUUAUUGUGAAUAAAUAAAUAAAUACAUUAUUUACAAUAAUGAAUUAUAAAUUAUACAUUAUUAUAAUAAGACUUUGAAAACUCAAAUUUUUUUUUUUUUUAGACAGUUUAAGAAAAAAGUAGCUCUAAAAUGUUACAUUAUUUUUAUUUAAUUUUCUAAUAAUUCCUCGUAAAUAAUAAUCCUCUAAAAAUUCCAUAAAUAGAUAAAGUUUUAGUUAAAAUACAUAUUAGUCUUGACAUUUUUAAUUUCCGUUAGUUCAUUUUAGAGCCGCAUGUUUCAUAAAUUGUCCAUAAAUAGGUUAUACUUUCUGAGAUAAUGAGCAACUUAUCUUAACUUAUUGAUAUCCCUGUGUAUUAACAAUUUUAUUAUUUUUAUCUCAAUAUUUUUAAAAUUGUAAAAGUAAUCUAAAUUUAAUUUAAAUUAAAUAAUUAUAAAACAAUACAUGUCUUUUACUUUAUCUUAUAGCUAAUAGUAAUAAUUUCAAAUUUACAAUAUUUAUUUCAUAUAUUUAGAAAGGAUUUAAAAAUAUUGAAUCCUGUUACUGUUGUAUUAAUGUGUUUAUGUACUUAUUUUACUUAACCUACAUUAUAUUAGACAAUUUACAU